AUGGAGCUCGGAGCGGUGCAGGACGAGGCCAGCGAGGCCGUAGCUGCAGCCGGCGACGAUGAUCCAGGCCUGCCCCCAGAACGGGAGGAAGCCCGUGAUGGUGAAGGAGAUAGAGUCCCCGAAGUCCGUGUGGACGAUGAUGUUCGGGAGCCAGACUACGGUGCUGGUGAAGUUCCGGGGCAAACCACGAGUGAGUUCGUGGGCCAGGACGUGAACUUGACUCUGCCGAAUUCGAGUGGCGCUUUGCCGGACAGACAGCAAAGGCCAGUUCCGGAGGCCUUGGAUGAUGGUCUGGUUCGAGGGACAAUGGCGACGGAUGGGGCGGUGGAGGCCCAGUUGCAGAGUUCAGCUUCGACCAGACCUGCCUCGAGGGAACGAAGGAAUGAAGAUGUGGGCCAAGUGGCUCGCAGUUUGGCCUACAUGACAUCGCUAGUGACGACGCUUGUUGGGAGAAUGGAAAGGGUGGAGCAAGCCCAGUUUAGAAAUGGUUCUUCUGCUUCCGGGAGAAGGACGACAACGGCGACCUCGGCGAGGAUGGAGACGCCUAUGGGCGGGACACCAGAGGCUGGAAGUGUGGGCUGGGUAGACAUACAGGGCUUGGGAGAAAGGGUGGCUCAGAUGACCAUGGGCGGGCAAACUGGCCCGGCUUUACCGGAGCGCCCGUUGGCCACCUUGGACUCCAUCAUGGCCGGCACUUUCAGCUCAGAUGAUUCGGAUACUGCACGCCUUCGGGCGACUCAGGCUGAGGGACAGAUCAGAGGAGUACCUGGAGCUCUGCUGGGACCGCUUGCAGAACCGAUGGGAACUGUACUGCUGCAGGGAAAUCCAUGUGGUGCGGGUCUUCAGAUGGCGCCUUCCGAGAUGGCUUUGGGAUCGUAUUUGCCUCCUAUGCCGUUUCCAAGUGCGCCCUCGGGAUAUCCUUUGCAGGCACCCCCGCUUCAGAUUAUGCCACAGGGAUCCGUGUCUACAGCGUUGCAGUCUCCAGGAAUGCCACAGGGAUCCGUGUCUACAGCGUUGCAGUCUUCAGGAAUGCCUCAGGGAUCCGUGUCUACAGCUUUGCAGUCUUCAGGAAUGCCUCAGGGAUCCCCGCCUUCAGCUUUGCAGUCUUCGGGAAUGCCUCAGGGAACCAUGUCUUCGACGGGGCAGUCUACUGGAAUGCCUCAGGGACCCAUGCCUCUGGCGCUGGCACCUUCAGGAAUGCCUCAGGGAUCUCCGUCAACAGCUUUGCCGCCUUCAGGAAUGCCGCAGGGAUCCGCAUCUGCCGCUUUGCAGUCUUCGGGAAUGCCUCAGGAAUCUGCUUCGGGAUUGCUCUUGGCGUCUUCGAGUGAGGUCCAUGAUGUGGCAGCUUACACUAAAGAACUGGCCUUGAGAGAGGGUUUGCGGUCAGAUGCGCAGCGUGAAGCCAAUGUUGUGGAGACUCCUUUUCUCAGUGCGGCUUCUGAGGUGAUGCCUGUGCUGGAAGAUCGUGGGGAUCCAGCUGUUCUUCCUCCUGGUCUUGAAGGGCGAAGAGGGCAAGGUCUUGUUAUGGGAGCUCCAGCAACGGGGCUUGUGUAUGCUGAAGGGAGUUGGAGGCCCUACAUGAUGGUCCAGGGGCAAAUAGUGAUUCAGGCGGUGGAGCCUACAGGUGCGUCGGCGGUUGGUCUCUCUUUGGCCGCCCCGACGUACCAUCCUACAGGAGUCGCAGGAGCGAGCGACCGGAAUGCAGUUGUGGGGAGUGGUGGACCGACUAUCCCACCACUUCCUCCACCCCCGCCUCAGAGAUCUACGUCUCCUUUCACACCCUCACGGAGGACGUCUACGGGAUGCAAUGCGACUCCAGGGGGGACACCAGUGCCCCCUCCUCCGCCGCCGACUCCUUCUACAAGUUCGCCUGGAGGUUAUGGUACCCCGGCCACGACAGGGGAGGUCGAGGAACCAAGCAAGUUGGUGAUGAAACUGCCAGCCCUUUCGGCGACAAAGGGGACCGAUGCGGCGGUGGUGGCGGGAGAUUGGCUGGCGCAACUGGAACCCAGCAUGGCGAGCCUUAGCAGCACUGCAGCAGUUUGGUGGCAGCAGCUAAUGGUGAGGGUUCGGGACCUUUACCAGAGAUGGCUGGAGUCUACGCCGGUGGAUCGUUUGCAGAUCCGCCAACAUGUCCUGGCGCAGAGGCCUCCUUUGGACAAGUACCAGCGCGUGGAGCAGCGGGCAAGCAUGCUGUUACUUGACAGCCUGCCAGAGGACUUGAAAGCCGAGGUUGUUUCAGUGAGGGCAGUGACGGUGGAAGCGAUGGUUUUUCUGGUCCAUUGCUCGUUCCAACCUGGAGGCUCGGCCGAGAAAGCGUAUCUGCUGCACUUUCUCACGUCUCCGGACACAGGUGCGGCGGUGGAUGUGGCAGUCACCUCUAUCCGGAAAUGGAUUCGGCUCUUGAGGCGUGGCAAGGAGUUGCAGCUCGUGGUGCCGGACCCAAGUCUUCUAUGUCGGGGUCUGGAUAAACUUCAUGCGCAGGUCUUCACGCCUAGCAAGCACCCGAGCGCGACCUUCAGAAUCGCAAGCUUCAAACUGGAACGCCAACUUGACUACAAGGCGAAGGCCUCGGACGUGGAGGACUACGCACAGCUCAUUUUGGGUGAGCUGGAAGCUGCGCUUCUCUCGCAGCCUUUGACGUCGCAGCCCAAGUUGAAUCGCCUCGAGGAAGCGAACCAGCCUGAAGGGGCAAAAGGCAAGGCGAAGGGCAAGGGCAAACAGCAGCAGCCGUGCUGGGCAUGGAGCGACGGUUCAGGUUGCAAGUAUGGUCAGAACUGUAUGUUCAGGCACGAUCCUCUCGGUCCAGGUCAUUGCUGGGUUUGCGGCAGCAGUGGCCAUCUCAAGCCGCAGUGCCCGUACAACGGCCAAGGGGGGUCAUCUUCCUCGGCGGCGCCUGGACCCUCGAGCUCUACUACGACUGGAGAUGGUGCUGGAAAAGGUGCGGGAGAAGAGAAGCCUCCUCGGAAACCGAGGAAGAAAGGCGGCGGGAAAGCGAAGGAUGCUGUGCGCAAAGCUGAAGAGGCCGCGUCGGUUGAGGGGGGUGCGACUACAACUACGACACCGGCUACCACAACGACCUCUGGGACGGCACCCCCUGCGGAUAAUGCUCGUGACGAGUUCUUCGAGGAGGCGGCCAAGGCCCUUAAGUCGUUGAGGUUGGCAAGGGCGACGCUGGACCGAAUGUGUGUCCUUGGAGGUGGGAGAGGAAAAGCUCUUGUGGACUCGGGAGCUACGACUUCGAUGAGGUCGGGCAGUGGUCAAGAGCUGAUGGGACUUCCGAAGCGCAAGGUCCUGCGGGCGGAGGGCGAGGCCAUCUUCUACCAGCUCCCCGGAGGAACCUUGUUGACGGAGAGGGAGACGACGCCGAUCCUGGCGAUGAGCGACCUGAUGGCCAUUGGAUGUCGGGUUUCCUGGUCCACGGGAGAGGGAUGCAGGAUUGUUCAUCCGGUUCGCGGUGAUCUUCAAGCUCAGGUUGAAAAUGGCUGCCCGGAGGUGGACGGCCAGUUGGGUCUGGAUUUGAUCCAGGAGGCGGAGCUCACGAAGCUUCGUCGUCGUGAAGCGGAGGUGGCGGUGAACAAGUUGGUGGAAACUUGCAAGUCCAGGCCAGUGAUGGAUUGGGAGCUCGGAGCCAAGACGGUGAAGGACCUUCAUUCUGGAGUGGGCGCGGCCUGGGCGUGGUUGCAUCGGGCCUUUCCGGAAGCUCCGUCCUGGUUGGUGUCGGCGAUCCCCGUGGUGGCUUCUAUGGAUGGAGCCAAAGUGCCGUGGAAUCGGCGCGAAAGGAAAAAGUGGAAACAGGCGUCUUCGGUGGCUGUACACCUGUUCUGCGGAAAGGACAGAGCUACGUGGAAGUCGAGGGCGGAGGCCGCUCAUGUGGUCACGGUGGACCAAGCUGAGGACAUCAUGGCGGAUGAUACGUACGCCGCGCUCCUGCAUUUGGCCCUCCCUGGGAAACUGAAGAUGGUGUUUGGAGGUCCUCCCAGCCGUACUUUUCGGAAUGUGCUGGAUGACACGAUCAUGAUUUUUCGUAUGGUGUUCCUUUGGAUGGUGGCGAAAGCCGUGGCCCGAGCAGCGGAGGAGCGGGACCCCGACUUGAUUCUGGAGCACCCGGAGGAUCUGGAUGAGAUCAUGAAGAACCAUGGAAAGAGGUCCCAGUGGGCACUGCCGGAGAUGCAGUCGAUGGCCUCUUUGUGGGCCUUUCCGGAGAUCCAGUUCCUCAAGGAGGAGAAGGACCAUGACGGGAGCGGGUUUCGCUCGGUGCUGUGGGCGUCAUGGGCCCCCCAGCUCAAGGAGAUCAUCAAGUCCGAGGUCGAGGUCAGUUUGGCCGGUGGCACCCUGGAAAGGGUGAUGAAGAUGGAUGCGGGUUUCCUGGAGCAUCUUCAACGGGACCACAUCCCGUACCGUCGCGACUGCCGGGCGUGCUUGGCUGGAUCCUUUCGCGGCCACAUUCAUCGGAGAAUUGUGGCGCCAGAUGCAUGGUGUUUGUCUCUGGAUGUCAUUGGUCCAGCGCGACCAGGAGAAGAUGAAGUGUUGAAGAAGGUCAAGUACGGCUUGAUCGGAACGUUGGUUGUUCCCGAUGUUCUUGGAAAGCUUCUGGAGCCAAACGAACCUACGGGCGAAGAUGAUGGUCGCGGUGUGGGAGAGGUUCUCGACGAGCCGGUGUGGGAGGAUGGCGAUGUGGCAGACGAUGAAGCUGAGGAUGUUUCCGCGGCGGAAAAAUCAAGAGCUGCGAAGGAGGAGGCCAAAUGGAAAGACCUUGUUGAAAAGGACUUGGCGGAGACGGUCUCGAUGGACGUGAGCUUCACAGCCCCCUCUUCCUUGGGCUCCUCCCUCACGGAGCCAGGUAGUGUGCUGGCCGAAACGCUUUCAGAGAACGUCGCGGUCGCCGUUCAAGUCCUGGCCUGUAAUAUCACUAUCCUACACCCAGGCACAGCAGGGUUGGUGAACAACGCGACGCUCCAAGAUGUGCAGGUGGAGGCGCCAAGCACGACGGUCACGCCAAGCACGACGGAGGCGCCAAGCACGACGGAGGCGCGGAUAUAA